AUGGGGCUGGAGAGGGGACUGAGCCCAAAGAUGUUCUGGACAAGGUGGUGUCCCUACGCCCACCCAUUCUGGUUGGGACAGUUCUUUGGCUUCCUGAACAUCUAUGACCCUGACUACACCAAAGCUGUGUACAGUCGAGGAGACCCUAAGGCCCCGGAUGUGUUUGACUUCUUCCUCCAGUGGAUUGGGAAAGGCUUGCUGGUCCUCCAGGGGCCCAAGUGGUUUCAGCAUCGCAAGCUGCUCACAUCUGGCUUCCCCUAUGACGUGCUGAAGCCCUACGUGGCUGUGUUCGCUGAGUCUACACGUGCCAUGCUGGACAAGUGGGAGGAAAUCUCUCGUGAGCAUAAGAGCUUUGACAUCUUCUGCGAUGUGGGCCACAUGGCGCUGGACUCGCUCAUGAAGUGCACCUUUGGCAGAGGAAAGAGCGGCCCGGGCCACAGCGACAGGAGCUACUGCCUGGCGGUCAGCGAUCUCUCGCUGCUGAUGCAGCAGCGCUUCGAGUCCUUCCAGUACCACAAGGACUCCAUCUACUGGCUCACCCCGCAGGGCCGCCACUUCCUGCAGGCCUGCCAGGUGGCCCACGACCACACAGACCAGGUCAUCAGGGAACGGAAGGCAGCCCUGCAGGACAAGAAAGAGUGGGAGAAGAUCCAGAGCCGGAGGCACCUGGACUUCCUGGAUGUUCUCCUGGGGGCCCGGGAUGAAGAUGGGAUCGAGCUGUCAGAUGCAGACCUCUGGGCCGAGGUGGACACGUUCAUGUCUGAAGACCAUGACACCACCACCAGUGGCAUGUCCUGGUUUCUCUACUGCAUGGCCCUAUACCCCGAGCGCCAGCAUCAUUGUCGGCAGGAGGUGCGAGAGAUUCUUGGGGACCGGGACUCCAUCCAGUGCGAUGAUCUGAGGAAGAUGACCUACCUGACCAUGUGCCUCAAGGAGAGCUUCCGCCUCUACCCCCCCGUGCCCCAGGUGUACCGCCAGCUCAGCAAGCCCGACUUUGUAGAUGCUCGCUCUCUACCUGCAGGUAGCCUGAUUUCUCUGCACAUCUAUGCCCACCAUAGAAAUAGUGCAGUGUGGCUCGACCCUGAGGUCUUCGACCCCCUGCCCUUUUCCCCUGAGAAUGUGGUUGUUUUUGCCUUCAUUCUCUUCUCGGCUGGGCCCAGGAACUGCCUCGCACAGCAGUUUGCCAUGAACAAGAUGAAUGUGGUCACAGCCCUCUGCUUGCUCUGUUUUGAGUUUGCCCUGGACCCCUCAAGGCCACCCAUCCAGAUACUGCGCUCCAAGAAUGGCAUCCACCUCCACCUGAAGCCGCUGGGCCCCGGCUCUGGGAAGUAA